GCGGAGCGGACCUGAACCGGCAGCAGGACCAGUAAGAAAUUCAAAACCAGAGAAGUAAACAACGACAUCUGUCUCACAGAGCGUUUGUGUUUGCCUCGCUGCUGUCGAUCAAACGUGACCAGACCCAACAGGUGUGCUCAGGCUCCGCCCCCUCAGGAUGGAGGGAAGUGCAGCAGCAGGAAGUCCUGGUACUGACCCGCCUGCCUCAUUUCCUAUCCACUCUGACAAGGAGGAACUGCUCCAAACCUCGGAGGACCAUCAGAGCCGACAGUCUGUUGGCCUGUCUGGGUCCCAGAACCACCACAUUCCAGCAGAGACACCAGAGCUGUCCGACAACCUGAAAGCAGAAUGUCCAAAAGAGGAGUCAAAUCCAGGUCAGCCAGGCUCAGAAAACACCGGUCGAGAUAAACCAGAACUUACUAAACUAGUUCCUGUUUGUGAAGGUUCUCUUCUGACAGAAAAGCCUCCUGCUCCAAACGAUCAACCUAAACUGGAUCAAUCAAAGAAAGAAGAUCCUUCUGGACCACCACCUGAACAUGUACCUGGUCCCUCUCAGGAUCCCCAAGACCAGAAGUGUAUUUGUGCUGAAGACCAGGAAGCUGAAGCCUCUCCUCUUCCACUUCUUUCUGAGAAUCUACCUGAAAGGAAAGAGGAGCUGGAGUCUGAAAGCAAGCAGAACCACCAGGAUCCACAAAGACCUCAGGACCUCCACAGCCCAGCUCCUCACCUGAACAGACUCCAACAGAUUCCUCCCCCUCCCUCACCUUUUCCACCUGCAGAGCAGCUUAACCACCCAUCUCCUCUCACUAUUGAGGCCUUCUGUGAGCAGGCGUGGCCCCACCCUCCUUCGGUUUCAGGUGAGCCCAAGCUUUGUGGCUACCUGCAGAAGCAGGGAGGGCCUCUGAGGGUCUGGAAGCAGCGCUGGUUCGCCUAUGAUGAGAAGAAGAACCAGCUGCUUUACCAUCGCACACCACAGGAUGUGAUGCCACUUGGACGGGUGGAGCUGAGUCGCGCCACAUUCACUUACCCACUGAAGGCUGAGCGGGGCACCUUCCACAUCAAGACGCCUGAACGCACUUUUGUUCUCAAGGCUGUGACUGAGGAAGUAAUGCUCUACUGGUUGCAGCAGCUACAGGGGAAGCGCUGGUGGCACAGACAGACCUCCAUCUGUUCAGAGCACACAAACAACAAAAACACAGCUGAUGACUUCCUGACCCCUCUAAAGAGUCCUCUGGGUCUGGUGGGGAAGGAGGCAGCCGUCGCACCGACACAAAGAACACCUUUCGCUGACAUGUCUAUCAAACACCCGCUGAUCGAGUUCCAAAACUCUGUCCACAGUCUGAGGAAGAGAACCUCUCAGGACGUCAGUCAGAGCAUCUUUCAUGUAGACAUAACAGAGUGGACCAUCAACAGCCCCGCGGAGGACAGCAUCACAUCAGGAACUCCCCCUGAGACCCCUCCCCCUCCUCUCCCAUUGGCUGAUCCAGCAGGUGAGAUAUCUUUGCCUGACAGCAGAGGGUUGCCAUCAACGCUGGACAUUGGCAGCAGGGGCACAAAGUCUCGCAGCUCGGCCACCUUGCCAGUCCGUCUCAGAGACACGAUGUCUUUAUCUUCAGAGCGGGCAUCUCGUCUGCAGCAGGAGAAAAAGAUGCUGAUGGAGGAGGUGAAAUCUCAGAAGGAGCUGGUUUGGAUCCUCCACAAAGCGUUGGAGGCAGCCCAGCUUGAGAAGAGAACCUGUUCUGAGUUUCUGGCAGCAGGUGAUGAGCAGGAGCGUCUGGAGCUUCUGCGGCACCGCGAGCGUCAGGCGGCCGACCUGCGACGCCGGCUAGAAGAGGCCAAUAUGGAGGUGGAAGGCCUGAAGAAGAGUCUGGCUGAGAGGGAUACACAGCUGUCCGAGCUGCAGGAGAACAUCAAGAAGCUAAUGGAGAAGAACCAGGCCAAGCAGCAGGUUAUCAUAAAGCUGUCUGAUCACAUGACUUCCUGUCUGUUUGAACCACAACACCCUGAUUCGUCCUCUGAUGGGCCUCAGAACUCCCAGAGUAUCAGACAGCUUCAACAACAGAUAGAGAACCUGAAGGAUGACAUGGAGGCAUAUAAGACCCAGAACAAGUUUCUGAACUCUGAGAUUUAUCAGCUGACCAGACUGUGGCAAAAGAGCUCAGAGCAGGAGAAGAACCUCAUGGUGAAGUGUGCUUACCUGGAGGCUGCCAACUGUCAGGUGGAGAGCCGUUACCUGGGAGUUCUGCGGAAGCUGCAGGAGACCAAGGCAUUAGAUCUGGAGCAGCUGGGGGCUGUUCAGAAGAUGAUUGAGGAUGCUUUGAGAGGAGAGCUGAAGCGCGAUAUCAAGCUCAGCUCAGACAGAGAUCACGAUGAGUACGGUUUUAAGAUUAUCCCAGACUACGAGGUAGAGGACAUGAAGCUGCUGGCAAAGAUCCAGGCCCUGGAGAUCCGCUGCUUCAACUUGUUGAACCAGGAAGGACCAGAGCGCCCCCUGCUGGCUCGGUGGGCAGAGUACCUGGCUAGCAGGUUCGAUGGCAACCUGAGUCCAUCACCUGAGCUCAAAGCUCUGAUACGAGCAGGUGUCCCAAAAGAACACCGACAGAGGGUGUGGUGCUGGCUGGUCCGAACAAGAACCAGGACUAUCUGGGAGCGCUACCCUCAUCACUACCAGCAGCUGUGUGAGAAGAGCCGGACAUCACCCCAUCCUGCAUCUCGACAGAUCCAGCUGGACCUUCAUCGCACCCUAACGACAAAUCAGAACUUCUCGUCACCAUCUAGUCCUGCCCUCCAUCAACUUCAUCGCAUCCUGUUGGCAUUCUCCUGGCACAACCUGGCUGUUGGCUACUGCCAGGGACUCAACAGAUUAGCUGCGGUUGCGCUGCUCAUCCUGCAGAACGAAGAGGAUGCCUUCUGGUCACUGGUAGCCGUGGUGGAAGCCAUCAUGCCUCAGGACUACUACACCAAGAAUCUGAUUGCCUCGCAGGCAGACCAGCGUGUGCUGAAGGACUUCCUGGCAGAGAAACUCCCCCGGCUGGCAGCUCACUUUGAGACUUACGGCAUCGAUGUGUCUCUCGUCACCUUCAACUGGUUUAUGGUGGUUUUUGUGGAGAGUCUGCCCAGUGACCUCCUGCUGCCGUUGUGGGAUGCCUUUUUAUACGAGGGCACCAAGGUGAUCUUCAGAUACGCUCUGGCUCUGUUCAAAUACAAAGAGGAUGACAUCUUGAAGAUCCAUGACAGCACAGAGAUCUACCAGUUCCUUCGCUUCUUCACCAAGACCAUCUCAGACAGCAGGAAGCUGAUGAAUAUCGCCUUCAACGACAUGAACCCUUUUCCUCUUCGCCUGCUGAGGAAUCGCCGUGCACUGCACCUGGAACGCCUGCAGGGAGAGCUACGAGAGCUGGAGAAGCAGCAGAAGGAGUUCCUCACAGAGAGUGCUGAGCAUAGGGACAAAGACCUGGACAUGGUUGUCAGCGAGGAUGAUGACUUUUGAACCCACAGAAACUUUGACCUUUAUUUCUGCCAAGUGUUCAGAAGAUGACAUUAGACCCCACUACGCAUUUAGAGAUAACCUUUGACUCCAUAAUGUAUUUAAAGAGAAAGACCUUUGACCCCAUGGGGGUUUAGACGAAGACCAUUGUGGACAUGUUCUCUUCACAGUUUGGCUGUGUUUGGAGCAGAUUGUUACCAUUGGACUGAAGAACCGUUUCUUAGCAACAGAACAAAGAACUGAUCAGGAUAAUGGACUGGCAGGUGGAUGAAGCUGGAGACAUUUAUUAGUGUGCUCACAUCUUUACUUAACUUAGUUUGGGGUUUUUGACUAAAUGUUCCAUAAGAUCAGAUCAAACUGAUAUGUUUUCAUUUUUUCUGUUAUCAAAUUGAAGAUAUGAACUUUGGAUAGAUUUGUUACCAGAUUGAAAAUGUUACUGACCUGUGUGUCAUGUAAGGCUAUGCUCAUACUGUGUGUGUUAGUUAAACAACACUCACAGCUGGCCUGGGAUCAGUUCCACUUUAUGUAUAUGAUGUGCAAGUGAACAGACAACACACAUAUUUAAAUUUAGCUUUUUAUUUUUCUUAAAAAACAAAUAUACAUAAGAAAUGAUAUAAAAACCAACCAAGAACCAAAGCAAAAGUUCUUCGUUACAAACAAUUCGUUACUGCAGAAAAAAGCUAAACUAUUGACAAGAGUCUUUUGUGUCUAUCUCAAGACUCUACAUAUGUUUGUCAUGAGGACGUCUAUCAGUCUGUAGGUCUGUGAAUCUAACAGCAGAUAAUUCACACCAUAUAAAAACAUGGACAUGCAUCAGCUUCUCUAUGGCAUAGUCCCUCUACCUGGUCAGGACCACACCCAGCUGCAGGCAUAGGCCCUCCACUCUGUCAGGACCACACCCAACUGCAUGCAUAGGACCCCCACCUGGUCAGGACCAUGCCCAGCUGCAGGCAUAGGACCUCUACCUGGUCAGGACCAUGCCCAGCUGCAGACAGAGUCCCUACAACUUGUCAGGAACAUCCCCAGGUCAGGACCACACUCGGCUGUAAAUGGUCCCAUUUCAAAACUGACAAGCCACGGCAUUUCAUUAACGUGGCUGAAAUGGAAAAGGUUUCCUUUCAAAGAGCCUUUUUUGUUCAAGGUGGAAAACGAUCAUGAGACUGAAACUAAUUAACAUAUCUAAAUGGUAAAACUGCACAAAUCCCUUCCUAAAGCUGACCUGGGAUCAGUUCCUACAGUCGAUCUCUCUGUGGGUGAAGUCUGCUCUGUGUGUUGCUUGGUUAAAAGCUGAGUUGAGCGUUUUAUUCCAACAAAUGACACCGAAAGCUUUCUGAAACUCAUGGUUGAACCUUUUGUUUCUACAUAAAUCAGCAGUAAACUAAAAACCUCGAAGCUGUUCCUGUUUAGGUGGAACAUCUUUUUGUGUCAAAGCUUCAGACCUUGACCUUGAGGGAAGCAGUGAACUAAGAAGAUCUUUAAUGCUGACUCUUGGACCUCUGGUUUUACCAUUAAACUCUUAAGACUUCA